AAAAAUCGCACCAACUUUUUUAUUCGUAAAUAAUGCUGAUUUCGAGGGGGUUAUCGACGCUUAAAGCGGUGCGGGGUAUUCAGAACGCAAAUGUUUACGCGAAACAAUCCGUUAGGAACAGCGGAGCAUGGACUUACCGUAAGGGGCCUCCACCGUAUAGCAAAAAUAUGACACGUCUGCCGCAUCUGAUCCAGGCCUACGCAAUCUGGUGGAUCGUGUGGCAUCUUUGGACCCAAUUCGAUCACAUAACAGGUGAAUUCCCCUAUCCGGACCCGUCCAAAUGGACAGACGAAGAGUUAGGAAUACCACCGUUAGAUUAAACCACACUGUUCUUGUAAAAAAAAUUAAAAAGUGUAACAUUCUUUUAUUGCUUAAAAAUAUAAAUCUGUAGAAGUAUCAACGUGGUACAUC